AUGAUGGAAAUGAUGCGAUUAGUCAAGGAAAUAAAUGAGGGUUUGCUUGCUCCUGGAUCAACGAGAAGUUAUGUAUUACCUACUCAAGAAGAAGUUUCAAAAAUGAAGCAAAUUGCUUAUACUUAUAAGUCUAAAAAAACUGGAUAUCAUAUUUUAAAGAUUUUUAUCUACAAAAAAUUAAAAAGUUUACAAAAUGCUAUUAAAGAAGAAAUAAAAAAGAGUGAUGGAUUAGAAUAUGAAGAAGUUUAG